UGCGGCGCCCACCAAAACAGUCGCAGUUCAAAUUUUUAACCGCCGGAGAGUUUAACGCAAACGCACGUCAGGACGUUUCCGCUUCUAGCAAAGGCAAACGAGCAUGUCUCGACUGCCCGUCAUGGCGAGCAAGCGGGUUCUCGCCAGCACGGAAAACUCGCACGUCCCGCAGCCUGUUCAGAAGAGGUCCCGCAAGGAGCCGGAGGCCUUCAAAUCACAAGCUGCUGCCACUGUCUUGGGCACCAGGCGGGCACCCGUUUUGAGGCCGACGCGAGGUGUCGGAGCUGCAACUGUGGCCGUCGCUCCCUCCAGAGGUGCCUUCAAAGCACCCGUGGCAUCGACCGCCGCAAAGGGAGGCAAAAUGACAGCGGGCGUGGCCGCCGCGGACAAAAAAGCAGGUGGCGCUGGCGGGCCCGCUCGCAGGCUCCCUUGGGACAUGAAGGGCAAGGUCAGCGACAUGAAAGGAAAGCUCCAGGACUACCAGAGCAAAAUGAAAUCCGUCACCCAGGAAAAAGAGGACCUGAAGAGCUCCCUUGCCGAGUCCCAAUCGAGACUGGCUAAGGUGGAGCGGGACCUCGGCGAGUACCAGCAAAGUCUCCGGGCGCUCCUGGGCGUCCAGGACGAGUUGGAGAGGGUGAGCAGUGAGAAGAAGACCCUGCAGGCCGAGCUCGGCAACCUGCGAGAUAAACACAGGGUGAUGGAGACGCUGCGGGACAGUCAAGAGACUGAGCUCCAAACCCUCAAGAUGAAACUGUCAGUGCAGGAUUCCUCCCUGGCUCGGUUGCAGGCCAGCCUGCGGGCGUCCGAGGAGGAGGCGUCCUCGCUCCGGAGCGCCGUGGUCCGACUGGAGGACGACCUCCACUCAGCAGAGAUGGAGCGACGGCAGCUCCACAACACCGUUCAGGAGCUCAAGGGAAACAUCAGGGUCUUUUGCCGAGUGCGCCCUCUGGUGGACGGAGGCCACAGCAACCACAUCCAGCUGCCCGCCAACGACAACAAGGCAAUCACGCUGGCAAAAACGGAAGAGUCUCACACAGGCAAGAGUGCAGACACCCACAAGAACUACACUUUCAGUUUUGACCGCGUCUUUGGCCCCGACGCGUCCCAGCAGGAAAUAUUCGAGGAGAUCUCCCUGCUGGUGCAGUCGGCGCUGGACGGCUACAACGUGUGCUGCUUCGCCUACGGCCAGACGGGCAGCGGCAAGACGUACACCAUGGAGGGGGGCCGCCACGGCGGCGAAGGAGACGAGGGGCACCCGGCCCGCGGCGUGAUUCCCAGAGCCGUGCAGCAGAUCUUCCGAGCGGCACAGAAGCUCGCGGCCCAAGGCUGGGAGUUCUCCUUCACCGCCAGCUUUGUGGAGAUUUACAACGAGUGCCUGCGCGACCUGCUGUACACGGGCAAGGCCAGCAACAGGCCCGACCAUGAAAUACGCAAGUCCAACAGCAACGGGGUGACCGUCACCAACCUGACUUACCAGAAGGUCUCCGGCGAGGACCAGGUCCUGCGCUUGAUCGCCCUGGCCAACCAGAACCGCUCCACAGCCCAGACGUCCCAAAACGACCGCUCGUCUCGCUCUCAUUCCGUCUUCCAGCUGGACAUCGAGGGGCUCAACACGGGCAGGGACGUCAAAUGCAAAUCCACACUGUGCCUGGUGGACCUGGCCGGAAGCGAGCGCAUGUUGAAGAGUCAGUCUCAGGGCGAGCGCUUCAAAGAGAUGACGGCCAUCAACGGCUCGCUGUCCAACCUGGGCAUCGUCAUCGCCGCGCUGGCCAACAAGGAGAACUUUAUUCCGUACCGGAACUCCAAGCUCACCUACCUGUUGCAGGGCUGCCUGGGCGGAAACAGCAAAACUCUGAUGUUCGCCAACAUUUCGCCCGAGCCGGACAGCUUCGGCGAAACGCUCAACUCGUUGAGAUUCGCCAGCAAGGUUAACGAUUGCGUCAUCGGCACGGCCAGCGCCAACAGGAAAUAGAUGCCGGGUGCCGUCCCCCGUACGCCAGGACGACUUCUUUCUUUUAAUCCAAUAAAAACGCAUGUUCUUGUUGACCUUUGGCCAAGGUUUUGUUAUUGACUGGUCGUUGGCCGUAACAUUGUCACGUCAACAUUGUCACUGUAAGUACUUUUGUGUGUUGUAGUUGUAGUGGGAAAGUCCAAAUAUAUACCAACCAAAAGUAAAACCACUGCUAGAAUUAUUCGCACACUCAGAGAAUUUUCUAAAUUUUAAAUUGUCCCUUGUUUUAGUGUUACUGUAUAUGAUUUGUAAUUUUUAUUUUUAUUUUACAACAAUGCUGUCUUUUUCUUUUGUCAUGAAAUUGUGGGCUUCAUAUUUUAGUGAAAUGUGACACCAUCAGACAUUUUUGGCGUCAUAUUAAAAUACAGUACACACAA